AUGGCUGCUGAGCAGACGACAGCGCAGCCUGUCGCGCCGGCGACAGCUGAGACUCCUAUUCCGCCGCAGACUGCUCCCGCACAAACGGUUAUGCCUGCUCCCGGUAUCCCUGUAAAAUCCCCGCCUCCGGAAUUGGUCAAGCAAGAGCCGCCAGAUGCUCCCGGCAUUAGCCGGAUUAUCAAUUUGACGCCAGAUUCACAAGUGGUUCGAUUUACCAAUGGAAUUAUUCACCUCAGGCAGGCUGGCAAAGAGCCCGAAACUAUCUCCAGUACUUUGUAUGAUGCGUUGGUCUCCAACCUUCAGGCCCAGUUGCAACCAGCAACCAGCAGGGGCCUCCGCAAUGGAAGUACUCCUGCAACGGACCCCGACCCCAUAGAAUGGGGAGACAUGGGCCCAAACUUCCGCGAAGCUCUCCAGAAUUCCCCGGAACUCUUUAGAGCAUACAACACGGUGCGCAAUCCAAGGAAGAUGGCCCGCCUUGAUCCUACCACGAACUCUUUUACCACAACCACCAAUAUUGACCUCCCUGCACCCAGUGUAGAAAUACCUCCGCCUCAGGUUACCAUGGAGAACCUCAGCACGGUACUUGCACAGUACCACGAACACACGGGUGUGGAGGCAGAUGUUAUUCGCCGCACGGUUUUGAUCCAUGGCUUGCCGCCUUUCGGCAACAAGGAUUGCCCUAUGCGCAUAGAGCGUGACCUCCCUGUUCUGGAGCGCCUGGAGCGGGUGCCAGUCCAUGCUGUGAUGAAUGCACUCACCAAACCCCAGAACCCCUCCAUUUCGGGCUAUUUGAAGUGUGACCUCAACUCCUUGCAAAUUUGGGAUCCAGAGGAAACGCAGCUCCUUGCUCAGGUGAUCUAUUUGCCGGACACGAACCUCGCCUACGCGUGUCAUAUUCUGAUUAUUUCGGAUCUCUUUGAAGCUGCGAAGUCGGAGUUUCCAAGGUAUUUUGGGGAUAAGAUGGCCUCCACUAUUCAGUUUCUUCAGGCUUCGGCCUCAGCAAGCAGAAACACUACCACAGCACUUAGGUACCACUUCACCCGCACCAAAGAUGUCUCUAAUGUUUCUAGAGAGGACGCUAUCAAGUCGUUUCCCUACGCCAUUUACCCUAUUGAGAUGGGAGAAGAACUUUGCACACAGCUCACCAAGAACCCGAACUUUGUUCUCCAGGGCUUCUUAGGCAUGCAACCUCAGAUCCAGCAAGCAGUCUCCGAUGCAGGCGGCCUCAACCUAGAGGAUUACGGCCGCAAAGGCAAAGGCUCCGGCAACAAAGGCUCCCGUAAUAAGGGCAAAGGCAAACGCUCCGAAUACAACAAGCGCUGGGAGCGCCCGCAAGACGAUGAACAAGAAGACUCCAACCAAGACUACCAACGAAGUGGUAAAGGAUUUGGGGAUAGAGCGUGUUCCUCCACUGACACAGGCAAAGGCUCCAGGAAGGAGUGGGUUGAUUACUCCAGGCCAGCUAAGGACCGACAGUGGGAGCCGGUAGAAGAGGUAGGCCCACGCUCCCGCUCGGAUCGUUGGUGGAAUGUGAAGGACUUUGAGAACUACGAUUUUUUCAGAGACUCCACUCGCAGACGUCGAGAGGACGAUCGCCAAAAAGGAGAUGGCAGGCAGACCCGGCCCCGUGGCCGUGCCUUGGACGACCCCUCCCUCAUCUUCCCUUGUGAGGAUUGUAUGGCUCUAGCAGGUACCAAUACCAAUUGCAACACCUGUCGCCACAAGUAUGGUAUGCACUAUGAAAAGCUCCGAAGGUUAGACUUGCUCCCGGACUUCCAACAAGCCCCGGUGAACAAACUCCCCAGUUUCCCGUGUCCCUUCCCUUUGGAUGACAAAGGCACCCUUUGUGAUGCAGCAGAGAACGGCUAUCUAGGCUGA